CGAGUUAAACAUAAAGGGGAAACUUCCCUGAAUGGUAACCAGUGGGGAUUUACCUUGGGGCAGGUGACGUGAUUCGUGCCCAGAGCCACAGGGACGUGGCAGCUGCUGUCCUGUUGUGCCCACAGCCUGGCAUGUGAAGGUGCCUCUGUCUCUGCUGGUUGUCCUGGAUGUUCAGCAGCUGCUUUUGCUGAGCUGUCCUUGCAGUGAGGACAGGAGCCGGUUUGCAGGCAGCUGUCAGAGGUGGCUGUGCUGACACGCACGAGGUGGGACAGGAGUGUGGACGGGAGGAAGGACCGGCAGUAUAAGCUGGUGCUUCCAGUCUCAAUGUAAACCUGCCCUGACUGGGGGGGGGCAUGUUUUUUCUUUCAUCCUUCCUGCUCCAAUCUCUGAGCUCCUGCGUCUCCAAAGGGAAACAGUGGUAGUUACUUGCCAGUCUUCACCUGGAAACCGUACAAAAAAGGCCCUGCUGCUUCCAGUGCACCCCUGCGCCGUGCUGGCCCAGCUUCUUCCAUGGCAUCGCAGCAAAAUCACUUGGAAGAGGGGCAAGCUCAACAGAUUCUCCCUCUGCUGCUGCGGGGCUGGGGAGCAGCCCGAGCCAAGCAGGCGGUGGUGGCUGAGGCCGUGCUGGGGCCAGACCUCCACCCUGUGCUGGCUGCAUCUGUGCUGCCAUUGUCACUUACUCCAGAGCAGUGUCACACAGGGCUUCUGCUGUCAUACUCAUGCCUGUGUCUAAGCUAGCUGUCAGAUCCACGUCCCUUGUUACAGCUUCAUUAGGUCAAAUCACUUUUAUUUUUAUAGCAGGAUGAUCCACUGAUAACUGUAAAGCUGGGUGGAGGUGAGGCACGGUGGCUUUCAGUGCAGGCUGGUUUUGCAAGGUCAUUCACAGCCGGGUGAGAGCACAGACGAUGGCCAAGCUGGCAGCGUGUGUGGUGAUGCCACAGUGACAGUCCCCUCUAGGCAGAGGCAUCCGGGACACUUUCAUUCACCUCCUUGUGUUUUUAUUUUGCUUUUUCACGUCUACGUUCGCUGGUGUGCUAGGGUCACUUUGUGGUUCGAGCACUCUUGCGACCUGGCUGAAUCCGGAGGGAUGGUGUGCGGAAGCAGAGCUUCGCUCGCCUGUUUACUGGGGGAAACUUGAGCAGGGCAGGUGGUGGCAUCUGAGCCACAGCCUCUCUGCUCUGUGCUAAUCGCUGUGAAUGUCACAACGGCGGGGUUUGCUGCCGGGCACGGAUUGGGUAGUGAUCGGAUAGUGCAGUAAGGCUCAGUUGUGUACGACGUGUGAGAUUCCCUUCUCUGGGGCUCUGGAGCCCCUCUGGGCUGCAGCUUGCAGCGGGGAUGCAGCUGCCUCAUCCUCAUCAGGAGUGCUCAGCAUGAUUGCACAAGCCAUAAUGAGCAGUGCCACCACGGGCAUGGGAGCAGACCUAACCCCUGCCAUGCUUCCUUCAGAGGUUGGCAGGGCAGCAGCUCUCCUUGAGGAUGUCUAGCCCCAGUGGGGUCCCGCGUGGGACAUUCUCACCUCGUACAGCCUCGGGUUGGGAUGCUGCUGACCUGGUGUGCGCUGGAGACUGGGGCCUGAUUCACAGGUUGAGAAAGUCUGGCGGGUGUAGGUCUGUCUGACCCAGCCCUGGGGUGGGUGUGAGCCGCUGUCAUGGUGCUACAGAGCAACCCUGGGGUCUCCUAGCUACGCUUUAACUGCUGCAGCUGAGGCUUGAUUUUCAGUCAAGAAAGGAUUAUCUAUGUGUAUUGCAAGAAAACCAAGAGGGUGGUGGUUGAUGCUCUGCUUACCCUUCUUUUUAUACUUUUUUUCUUUUUAAACAUGCAAGCUUGUGAGAGCUGGAAGGUGGAAGAGCAAGCCAGGCAGCCAGCCCGCUUGGGAUACAAAUUCCAAUCACGGCUGUAUCCAGGGGCCCUUCAGGCAUGUGUUAAAGCAAGACAAAUAUCUGGCACAUGGUUUGUUUUCUCUUUUCCUUCUCCCCAGGCGUGAUGAUCUUACAGGCAUGGUGCAAUAGUUCAUUUUAGGAUUCAGGACACCUACUUCUGCAGCUCUGUGGACUGCCAGUUGCUCCUUGCAAGAGACUUCUGUAGGACUGCAAUGGGGGAGGAACGUGUGUGCGCGGUACUGCCAGUGUCUGCUGGAAACUGAGGUGUUGAUGUUAGAACAGCCCUGUGUUUGCUCCUUGCUGCCUUCAAGGGAUGAGAUUCUUGCCUAGUUGUGUGACCUUGAGAACUGAAGCUUUAAGGAGUGGGGAGAAGAAGAAGCAGGAGACGGUUUGGGGCUUGUGGUGGAGUCGGGAGAGCUGGUGUUGGAGCACAUGGUGCAGUUUGGAGACGCACACCAGUGGGAGUGGGCUUCAGCUCCCAUGCCAGGUCCAAGGCAAGUGGGCAGGCAGCCUCUCCUGGGGCUGCUGCCCUGUGGCCCUGACUGGAAACCAGGCACACCUACACAUUUGCAGAGUACAAGCUUUCUUGCGGAUGUCACUUUUCCCAGGGCCUUCUCUAAGUUGUCCUUCACGUCCCCUGGUUUCAUGUGAGGUGCCAGCUCUUCCACUGACUUGGUCCCAGCAUACUCUUGGGGAGCUCAGCGGACGGAGACAUGGUUUUAUUUCCUGCAAGGAAUGCAUCUUGCCCUGCUCCCCUCCUGUGUUAUUGGGCUGGGUGCUUUGCCGUGCCAGAGUAACAGCACCUCUCAUACUGUUGUCUUGUUUCAGGCCAGCAAAGAUGCUGCUGUAGAUGACUGACUCGCUCGUGCCUUAUGUGCUAUGGCUCUACAUGGCCUCUGCAGGACCAGAACACGCUGAUCUGGGCCAUAAACAGAUGAGCAUUGAGCUCGAGUCAGGCACCCUUCUGGCAGGGAGAGCACAGCCACACCGGGCCUGGCACCUUGUUCAGCAGCAGGCAAAACCCAUCUGGAAUUUAGAGAAGAAGUAUGUGAGCGCUUUCCAGCAUCGCAGCCUGCUGCCUUUAGGGAUCCCUCUGCAGCAAUCCUGUUUCUUGUGCCCACCAUCACUAUGCCACGUACACCCCGGUGAAGACGCCCUCCCGAGCCUGCCCGUGGCCCAGCCCUGCCUGGACCUGGGCGGGAGCGCUCUGCCAUACCGACACUCCGGCCUCAGACCCAAGCCCCACGGGUUUCCUUUCCAAAGCCCUCCAGACACUGGCUCUGCCACGGGAAGGGUGAUGUCUUCCUUGCUGAUGGAGCCCUGCCUGCUUCCUGCGCUGGUGGAGGAGCACCCUGGGACUGGGGUCAAAGGCUCUGCCCUCAGCUCAGGUCAACAGGCUUCCAGCUCCUGUAGCUCCUGUAGACCAGUGCUCAGUAACAGUUCGUUCCUACAGCCAAGCAGUGCUAAAGUGCCUUUGCUGCAGUCACUGGAGAUCAAGAAGGUGAAAAACACCCACAGCUUCCCUGCUGCCUCUCGGCCUCACACUGGGGAUGAUGGAGACAGCUCCUCUGGCAGCCUGGUCAACAGAGCAAUGAAAAGCAGUGACCUUGUGUUGGAACAAACCGCGGUCCCCUCCCUGACUCUUAUGUCCAGCAGCGCGAACCUCAGGAAGGACCGGUGCGCGUGGGAGGAUGCUGAGAGGAGAACUCACAGCUUAAAAGAGAAGGAGCUGGAGAUCAGCCUCACGAAGUCUGUGCAGCAGCUAGUCGGACAGAGUGCCACACACAGUGACUUCGGACGUGAAGUUGAGAGCUCUGGCCUUACCAACACGGGCAGCCUGUCCAACUGUAACGGCAGGUGGGGGCAGCGCAUCGUGGUGCAGCUCACCCCGAAAGAAACCGUCGCUCCUCUGAACUUGGAGCUGGGUAGCCAUCGCCUUAACGGUAACUCGAGCCUUAUAGGCACCGACGGUGCCGUCGUCUGCACUAAGCGUAUCAACAUCCAUCUCCUGGCCUCGCGCACUGGCUCUCCCAACUGCGACGCUGACUGCCGGCUUGUGAGCGUGCUGAGCCCGCGCAGCGGGGACCAAGUAGCGAGAGCAGAGCGUCCGCACCUUGCUGCUGUCUCCGAAGUGGCAACCCAGAUGUCCACCAUCCAGCUGGAGAAAGAGGAGAAAAGGGCCCAGGCUGUGCUCCCAGGAAAGCUUGAUGUCACUGCUGAGCAGUCACCACUGGAGCCAAGCCAUCCCCAGGAUGAAGUGGAGGAAGAACUUCCCGAUGGCCUGGAUGAGAGCUGCAGUCAGGAGGAGGAUGAGGACAGUGACUCAGAUGCUUCCUCUGUUGCUGACGUGUCAUCCAGUGGCUCUACGGCUCUUGUAUCCAGGGACUGCAUCAAGUGCCUGGCCCAGCCCGCUGGGGCUCAGGAGACAGUGCUCAAACCAGCUCUUGUCUGCAGUUUAUUCCCUAAUGUGCCUCCAACCAUCUACUUCAGUACUUGGGAUGAGAGAGUGGAAAAGCUACCUUGGGAGCAGAGGAAGCUGCUGCGAUGGAAAAUGUGCACAGUCACACCCAACAUAGUGAAGCAAACCGUUGGCAGGUCCCACUUUAGAGUCAGCAAAAAAAGCAAUGACUGGCUGGGUUGCUGGGGCCACCACAUGAAAUCCCCCAGCUUCAGAGCCAUCAGGGAGCACCAGAAGCUAAAUCACUUCCCUGGUUCAUUUCAAAUUGGGAGAAAGGACCGUCUGUGGCGCAACCUGUUGAAGAUGCAGGCUCGCUGUGGGAAGAAGGAGUUUAACUUCUUCCCCCAGUCCUUCAUCCUGCCCCAGGACAUCAAAUUACUCAGGAAAGCAUGGGAGGAAGGAGCUAGCCACCAGAAAUGGAUUGUAAAACCACCAGCAUCAGCAAGAGGCAUUGGUAUCCAGGUCAUCCACAAAUGGAGCCAGCUCCCCAAAAGGAGACCACUGCUGGUACAGAGAUACCUGCAAAAACCCUACCUCAUUGGCGGGAAGAAGUUUGACCUGAGGAUCUACGUUUAUGUCACUUGCUACGAUCCCCUCAGGGUCUACCUGUUCAAGGAUGGAUUGGUUCGCUUUGCUAGUUGCAAGUACUCCUCCUCAAUGAAGAGCCUCAGCAACAAGUUCAUGCACUUGACCAACUACAGCGUGAACAAGAAGAAUGCGGAGUACAAGUCCAACUCAGAUGAGACUGCUUGUCAGGGACACAAAUGGGCACUCAAAGCUCUCUGGAGUUACCUGACCCAGAAGGGAGUUAAUAGCGAGGCCAUCUGGGAGAAGAUUAAGGACAUCGUUAUCAAAACCAUCAUUGCAUCUGAGCCCUACGUGAACAGCCUGGUGAAAAUGUAUGUGCGGCGGCCGUAUUGUUGCCAUGAGCUGUUCGGGUUUGACAUCAUGCUGGAUGAAAACCUCAAGCCCUGGAUCUUAGAGGUCAACAUUUCCCCAAGCCUCCACUCCAACUCCCCUCUGGAUGUGAGCAUCAAGGGCCAGAUGAUCCGGGACCUCCUCAACCUCGCUGGCUUCGUUCUGCCCAACACAGACAGCGUGGCCUCAGGGGCACAGACACGAAGUGGCUCUACCUGCAGUCUGGGCAGUGCUUUGAAGGAGAAGCCUAAGCCGGCAUCUGAGCAUUUCAUAGCAGAGAAGAUGAAGAAGGCCUAUUACUUGACGCAGAAGGUGCCUGACCAGGAUUUUUAUUCUUCAAUCUUGGACAUCCUGACCCCAGAUGAUAUUCGCAUCCUGGUGGAGACAGAGGAUGAGUAUUCCCGGCGUGGGCAGUUUGAGCGGGUGUUUCCCACCCACGUCUCCAUGCGGUACCUGUGCUUCUUCGAGCAGCCUCGUUACUUCAACAUCCUGGUGACCCAGUGGGAGCUCAAAUACUACUUGAAUAAACACAAAGGUCUGGAGCUACUGAAGAACUGGUGUGUCAAAGGGUACCACACUGGGGCAGGGAUGGAUUUGGCCCAGACGUGGUCGGAGCCAAAGUCUUUCUUCCUCCAGAAGAGCAGUGUUCAAUCAAAUGGCCUCAGCAAACUGGAACUGGGUGGACUGGGUACGAGGUCUCCAUUCUCCUGCAGCACACUUCUCCCUUCAGCUGGUGAGGACCUCACGAGAUGCCUGGAGCCCAGCCCUACUCAGAGCUUACCUCUCAACAAGUGCACUGGUGAAGCCGACCAGAAACCUGCUGGCUGCCUCUCGGACACUGCCCUGGUGAUGUGACCAGGCAGCUGCCGUCCCUCCCCGGGGACACCUCAACCUACCUCAAAGGAAUACACAGGAGCUGGCUCUGGAGAGCAAGGACUGUGGGAGCUCCCUGCACUCCACACUUGCUUCUGGGACUGCUUUUAGAGAGGGAUGUUUUACUGCACAAAGGGGAGAGCUGUGUGACUUGCCUUUUUAAAACAAAGGGCAGAGCCUGGGGAAGUGGGGUUUGUCUGGCCUUUGGCCUAGGCUGCCCUUAAGGCCUGAUGUGGUGGUGGUGUUUUCUUUGCUGCGUGGGAGCUGGCUGACCUUGGAGUCAGCCCGGCUGAACCUCUGCUCUCCUGUGCCUCUGGGCACUUGUCCUGAGCUGCUGGAAGCUGUGUCUGCUCCUGCUCCUCUGCAGUCUGGAGAAAUGUCCCCAGCCACCACCCCUCUUCUCUGGAAGGAGCAGGGCUUGGGGCUCUCAGCCGACCUGUCUGAUCCUUUCUGAAUGCCUGUGCCAACAUCCUGCCCUCCCCCAGCCUCGGGGCCUGGGGGAAACUUUGGGCUUGCACAUUGCUGCUCAAGAGAGACGUGGGUACCAGCAGAGCUCCAGUUUGUCGUGGGGACAGUAGGGCUGCCAGGGAGGGAGCAUCCUCUCGAGGCUGUCAGCUCUCCCAGGUGACCUGCAGCAUGUGUGCGGGGACUGCAGGCUGGUGCUCUUCUCCUGGGCUCUGCUCUCUAUUUUUCCUUUGUUUCUCAAGGAUUUCUAUUAAAGUUUAACGCUCAGCUGCU